AUGAACAAUAUUCCGUCAGUUCCUUCAGAAACUGAUACAAAGGGUUGGCCGACUGGAGUAAAAACACUAGUGAUCAUUCUGGUGUGCAGUGUUGGAGCAUGUGUCAUUAUUGCAGCCAUUGCUGUACCUCUUCUUUUAACAUAUAGAAACACAACAUUAUCGUCAACAACAACAUCACCAUCAACAACGACUACUCUUCCAAUACUCAAUUGGAACUCAACGGGCAUAACUGCAGCUGGUGUUACAGGAUCGACUGGUACAGCUGCUAAUGAGCUCUCUCUUCCUUUUGGUCUGUUUUUGGAUUCAUCUAAUUCACUCUAUAUUGCCGAUUAUGGUAACAAUCGAGUUCAAAAAUGGCUGACGGGUGCAUCGAGUGGUUCGACUGUGGCUGGUCAAGUGACUGGAGCAGGUGGUUCAGGUGCAAGCGAUCUUAGCGGUUCUGCUGGUGUUGCUGUUGAUUCAAGUGGCAAUAUCUAUGUGGCUGAUACACUCAAUCACAGAGUUCAACGUUGGGCUAGUGGUGCAUCAUCGGGCACGACUGUCGCCGGCACAGGUAACAGAGCAGAGAUAUAGUUAGAGUUUCUUGUGUGUGUGUAGGGGGGGGGGGGGAUGUAUGUCUGACGUGUUCUGAUUGGACAUGACCAAGUUAGAUGAUAAACCGAUAGCUUUAGUAUGCAAAAGAGAAGCUUUGUUAUAAUCUAUAUCGUAUUUUUUUGUAUGUAUACUCUCUCUCUCUCUAUUAGAAAAAUUGAUUGUUUUAAUAGAACGAAUUAUUACAUUUGGCCUUCACAGUGUAUAUGUGACGGUUUGUUUUCAGAAUAUACAUGGAGUUUUAUGAAAAGCCACUGUAAAUUAGAUAUUUUCAUGAACUUCAAAAGAAUCUCAGCAUGAAAAAGUGUCGGAUUUUCUCCUUCAAACAAGUUGGUACCCUUUGACAUAUAGAUUCCAGAAAUCUAUACGAUAUUUUGCAUAAUAAUAGAGCUGAAAACAUGUUGUAUAUUCUUCUCAUCUACUUUUUUUCUUAUUUUUUAUUUUGAAUUUAGUCUCUUUUUUUAACUCAUGAUAGUAUAAAAAGUUAUAUCCAAAAUAAAAUUCCAAAAGCUCUAAAGUCGUAAUUAUAGGUAAAAGAUAGAGUUCACUGAGGAGUCUAGAACUUUUACUGAUCAGAGCCACAUGGGAAGAAAAAAUUAAUGCAUAAAAUGAGAGUUUUUUUGAAUCUCUUUGAUUUUUGUUCAUUUUAUUAUGAAGCCUCAACUUUAUUUAUAAAAGAAGUACAUCAUACUUUCAAAGCAACGGUUAUGUUCGAAUUAGACAAUUUCAUUAAGAAUUUUAAGAGCAUGAUUUUAGUCAAAUGCGAUAAAAGGUUAAUCAAUCAGAUUCGAAUCCAGAAAUUUUGAUAGACUAGAUUAGAUUCAGGCCCAAAAAGUUUUAGACUUGAUGAACUCUAAUGGAAGGUAACAUGUUUCUUUGAAUAGUGGAAAAGUAAUAUUCAUUUUUCUUUUAUAUGUCUUAACAAUUAUAAGUGAAUCAAUACACAGGGGUAGCCGGUGCUGCAAAUAAUGAACUGAACUUUCCAUACAGCGUUGCAUAUGAUUCAAGUUCAGGCACACUCUAUGUAUCAGACUUUUAUAAUCAUCGUGUGAUGCGCUAUCUAUCAGGUGCAUCGUCAGGAACUGUGAUUGCUGGUGGAAAUG